CGGCUGCGCCGGGAGCCGUCGGGAUGCGGCUGGUGCGGAAGGACCUGGAGAAGGACAACGCGGGGCAGGUGACGCUCAUCCCCGAGGARCCCGAGGACAUGUGGCACACGUACAACCUGCUGCAGGUGGGCGACAGCCUGCGCGCCUCCACCAUCCGCAAGGUGCAGACCGAGUCGGCCACGGGCAGCGUGGGCAGCAACCGCGUGCGCACCACGCUCACGCUCUGCGUGGAGACCAUCGACUUCGACUCGCAGGCCUGCCAGCUGCGCGUCAAGGGCACCAACAUCCAGGAGAAUGAGUACGUCAAGAUGGGUGCCUACCACACCAUCGAGCUGGAGCCCAACCGGCAGUUCACGCUGGCCAAGAAGCAGUGGGACAGCGUGGUGCUGGAGCGCAUCGAGCAGGCCUGCGACCCGGCCUGGAGCGCCGACGUGGCCGCCGUGGUCAUGCAGGAGGGGCUGGCCCACGUCUGCCUCGUGACGCCCAGCAUGACCCUCACCCGCGCCAAGGUGGAGGUGAACAUCCCACGCAAGCGCAGGGGGAACUGCUCGCAGCACGACCGGGCCCUCGAGAGGUUUUACGAGCAGGUGGUGCAGGCCAUCCAGCGGCACAUCAACUUUGAGGUGGUGAAGUGCGUGCUGGUGGCCAGCCCGGGCUUCGUGCGGGAGCAGUUUUGUGACUACAUGUUUCAGCAGGCGGUCAAGACCGACAACAAGCUCCUGCUGGAGAACAGGUCCAAGUUCCUGCAGGUGCACUCUUCCUCUGGACAUAAAUAUGCACUGAAGGAAGCCCUGUGUGAUCCAGCUGUAACUAGCCGCCUCUCUGACACGAAGGCAGCUGGUGAGGUCAAAGCCUUAGAUGACUUCUAUAAAAUGCUGCAGCAUGAGCCAGACCGGGCUUUUUAUGGUCUAAAACACGUGGAGAAGGCCAACGAAGCCAUGGCUAUUGAUACGUUGCUGAUCAGUGAUGAGCUUUUCCGGCACCAGGAUGUGGCUACCCGCACUCGAUACGUUAAGUUGGUAGAUAGUGUGCGGGAGAACAUGGGCACGGUGCGAAUCUUCUCCAGCCUUCACGUGUCUGGGGAGCAGCUGGGGCAGCUGACGGGGGUGGCUGCCAUCCUGCGCUUCCCUGUUGCUGAGCUCUCUGACCAGGAAGAUGAAUCUAGCUCCGAAGAAGAUUGAUGCUGACUUCAUUCCAGCCUUAUUUUUCCCCAGUUCACGCWGAAAAGACAGCCUCCCUUCCUGAAGACUGUGAAGAUGUGCCAUGACAUAUAAUUUAAGCUUUUUUUGGUAGCAUUUCUUAAAUCUCUGUUCUAAAGGAUACCUCUUCUAUGACAAAUUAUGGAUACAUGGUGGUUUGGAGCUGAUUGGUUUUGCAAUUUACAUACUGGAGUUUCAACAGUGCAAGAAAUUGAUUUCAAUCUCAAAAGCUGUUCUUCUUGUGUAUUCAUGCAGAUUGGCAAUUCAAUUUUGAAAUGUGUAGGAAAAGAUAAUAAAUUAAGAGGGAGAAACACACCAAAUUGUCUUUAUUUCUGUGGAGAUCUUUUUGUUUGUUUUAGGUGUUGAUUUGUUUUUAACAUGCUGGCAAGUAGUAUUAAAAUCUUAAACUUCCUCAGCAGUGAUCUUUACAACUUCCAGCUUGAUCUUCUGAACUUCUUACUUUCCAUUUCUUAGGAAAAGGGUAGAGGAACGUGAUGAAUGUCAURUCAGGGGUGUCUUUGGUGCAUGUGUAUACUUUUAUACUUUGGAGRUAUUUGAAGCUGUCUUUCAGAAAUUAGACCUUUUAUGUUAUUUCUUCCCAAAUAUAAAAGCAGAUGCAGGACAAAUUGUGGAGCUCAGUAAGCUCACUUGAGAUAUCUCUUAAAUGAUGAUUUCUUGGAAGAUAGUUCUGAGGGCUAACAAGCUAUGCUGUUUUGCAAUUGACUUUUUCUAAUGGGGUUUUCUAAUGAGGAAUCCCAAUGGCAUUAGGAUUAUUUCCUCUCUAGUUCUUCAGAACCUUAUCCAUACAAUUAUGGUUUACCAAAACCUCCUUGUUUUCUGUUAGGAAUCUUUUGACCAUAAAUAGUUCAGAUAAUUUCAUAACCUGUUAUUUCACUACCGAUGUAAUCAUUUACUCAUUUAAAACUUAYAGCUUGUAGGGUUGUUGUGUUUAUAAAACUGUAAUUUAUAUAUACACACACAGAGUACUGAACUCUAAAACUGUCUUGCUUUUCUGGUUGUUUAAUAUAACAAAAGCACUUGGAGAACUAUGAUGCCUUUUUUUUUCUCC